AUAGCAUCACUGCAAGAUGAAGUCGCUGCUGCUGCUGCUGCUCUUUGCCAGCCUGGCCCUGCUGCACACUGCUCAUGGUCAGUGUGCACGAAGGGAUUAUGGGCACGACAGUUUCGUGUGCGUGUGCGAUGCCACCUAUUGUGACGAGGCUGGUGUGGUGACAGUGCCACCUGCUGGCACCUACACCGUCUACACCAGCACCAGGGACGCCUUACGUCUCGAGCCAGCUUCCGGGGACCUGGCACCUACACAAGGCAGCGCGAGCAACUCGAUCACAGUGAGCACCGCCACGCGCUACCAGACCAUCCUGGGCUUCGGUGGAUCCGUCACAGAUUCUGCUGGUCUCAACUUGAACACUCUGUCGGACGGCGCUAGAGAGAAGGCUCUCAGGUCAUAUUUCGCCCCCGAGGGCUCCGAGUACAACAUCGUGCGAGUGCCCAUCGGCGGCUCGGACUUCUCGACGCGCGCUUACUCUCUCGACGAUGUCGAGGGCGACGUAGACCUUUCCUUCUGGUCGCUUGCUCCGGAAGACAUCAAUGACAAGAUUCCGACUAUCAAGCGAGCGCAGGAGCUAAGCAGCGCCGAGGUGUUGGUGUUCGGGUCGCCGUGGUCGCCGCCCGCUUGGAUGAAGACCAACGGAGAGUUCACUGGGGUCGGCUCCCUCAUAGUGGACUACUGGCAGCCUUACGCAAACUACAUCGCUAAGUGGGCGGAGGCCUACGAGGCAGCAGGGGUGCCGCUGUGGGGCCUUACGCCCCAAAACGAGCCUCUGGUUGACGAAACUGAAUGGGGCAUCAACUCGUGCAAGUGGCUGCCGGAGGACAUGCGGGUCUGGAUACGAGACUACCUCGGGCCUACGCUGGAGGCUUCAGGCUACGGCCGCCUCACAAUGAUGGUCAAUGACUUCAACAGGGACAAGCUGCCUCACACCAUCGAACCUCUGCUGAGUGACCCUGAGUGCAGCAAGUACAUCUCAGGCGUGGCCGUUCACUGGUACUCCGACCAGUGGAUCUCCCCGGACGUCCUCCUCCAAACCAGAGACCUCGACCCGUCCAAGUUCAUCCUGUACACUGAAGCUUGUAACGGAGUUUUCGUGGACAACCCAGAAAGCGUUUACCUGGGUGACUGGUCCAGAGCUGAGCGCUACGUCACCGACAUACUCGAGGAUAUAAACUACUACUCCGUCGGAUGGUUGGACUGGAACAUCGCCUUGAAUCAAGUAGGAGGUCCCCACUGGCCUGGUGGCGCAAUGGACUCUCCCAUCAUCAUCAACGCUGAUGCCGACGAGUUCUACAAGCAGCCGAUGCACUACGCGCUGGCGCACGUCAGCAAGUUCUUCACCCGCGAUAGUGUCCGCGUCGACACUGCCGUCAGCGGCGCCCUGAAGGCAGCGGCGGUCUCUAGACCUGAUGGUUCGGUGGCCAUUGUGGUACUCAGCACGUCUGACGCUGUGGAGAGCGUGAGCAUCAGCAUCGACGGGUCGCGCUUCAUCAACACGGACCUUCCUGUCAAGAGUUUCAGCAGCUUCGUUGUGCCUCCUGCUUAAAUUUAAAUUUAAUAAUGAAGAGAGUUUCCCCAAUAAACUGUUCCCUCAGUGAAUGAACAUCAAUUAUAUUUCAACAUUUUUUUCGAGAUGGUGACGCUCAUAAGCAGUCCAAAUAAAAAUUUUUAAAAUAAU